AUGAAGAAAAUGCACACAAAUGAUAUCGAAAAAACAACAACAGUAUUUGAAAUGGAACAAUCAAAUGUAAAAUUUGUUCCACUUGCAAACAACAUUUGCGUUUCUUCAAUGGAAAUUAAUUUUAAUUCUGAAAUUGAAGAAAUUCUUGUUGAUGUAGAGACUAAAGAGGUGUUCUGUGUUGGCAACACAUCCAAAAAUACAAUGAAAAUUCAGUUUACAUUAACAACACAAUAUGACAAAUUUGAGUUGAGAAUAUUACCAGAAGUAGUCAUGUUAAAACCAUUUUAUGCCUGUGAAUUUUCUAUAUAUUUAACACCAAAGUGCACAUGUCAAAUUAAUAACAAAAUUUGUAUUGUCUCUAAAAAUCUGACAACUAACGUUGAAAACAUGAAUGAUAUAAUAAUGAAAGGAGUGACAAAUCAAUCGACUCGAAUAGACUACGACGAGUUGAUUGAAGAGACCAAAUUAAAAGAAGGAGGGUUUGAAUUGUAUAUAAAGGCACAUACCGAGGAAACACAGUUGCCAUCAAGAAGAUGA